AUGGCCAAAUUUUCUUCACAAGAAGUUGCUGCUCUUCAAGGAGGAGGAAAUCAGCGUGCAAGGGAUAUUUAUUUUAAAGAAUGGGAUUCACAACGUCAGUCUGCCCCUGACAGCAGUAAUGUUGAGAGGCUUCGAGACUUUAUUAAACAUGUUUAUGUGGAUAGAAGAUAUACUGGUGAGAGGAACCAUGGCAAGCCUCCAAGUACGAAGAUGGAUAACAAAGAAGAAUUCUAUGACAAUAGGCGAACUGACGCAUACCAAGGAGGGUCUAGAAGUCCACCAUAUGAGGAUACAUAUGAGCGUCGUUACAGCGAAAGGUCCAGCCCUGGAGGAAGAAGUGAUGAUAAAUACUCGAGAUAUAGUUAUGAUGAGAGAAGAAGUCCUGGAUAUGAUCAAGAAAGUCGACAAUAUAUUAGUAACACAAGAAGUCCUGCUCAUCCUGAAAUUAUCAAUGAUUGGCGUCGGGAGGAUAGAUUUGGAAAUGGCAGGAAAGUGGAAGACCGAAGAAUAUCAGAUGGAGAUUCGAAACUGGAAGGCAUGUCACCUGAGCGGCCAAAAGAGAACAAUUCCAGUCCUCCCAUGGUACGUCCUGUCAGGGAGAUUUUGGGAGAUAAUGUAGUGCCUCUUCGUAUAAGCGAACCUCCAAAAGCCAAUGUUCCAAGGGCUGCUGAUGUAACUGCACAGGCGCAGCGAACUGCAUCUUCCAGUAGCUUGGGAUCCGCUAAUGGGAAUCCAGUGGAAGUUAAAUUGGAGAAUACUGGAAGCUUAAUUGAUUUUGAUGCUGAUCCUGAACCUCCUACUUCUGCAUCAAUUCCGCAAGCACAACAAACUACAACACCUCAAUCAAUUGCACAGCCUGCAAGUGCCUCCAAUGACAACAAUUGGGCAUCUUUUGAUUUGGCCCCUGAUAAUAAAGCAUCUCAGGCUCCUACAAAUGCAAAUCCCCUGGAAUCUGUUCUCUCACAACUCUCAGUUCCUGUACAUGGACCUGGUCAUUUAUUGGCACCCAGUGCUCCUGCAACAGCAGCUGUGGGCAAUGCAACAAGUGCUUCCUUUUUUGCACCUGCAGGGAACACAUCUAUGUUGCCCUUUAAUUCCGUUGCUCCUGCAGCUACGCCAGUUAGUAACUUGUCAACUUUACAUCCUGGUGGUGUUUCAGUAGCUGCCCCAGGAUUGGCACCUGCUGUGCCUGUCAAUGGUGGUAAUUUAUUUGCCAAUGUUACAGAAGCGGGGCAAUGGCCUAGUGUGCAGCAUCAGCAACCUUCUUUAUUCCCUGUUUCUACUGGUCAUUCUACUGCUCCACAAUUUACACCACCAUUUGAUGUAGCUUCAAGGAAUCAGACCUGGAACAUGUCUCCUGCCUCAAAUGUGCAAGUGUCUUUGGCUACACCAUAUGCAGGAGCUCAAGUUGUCUCAAAACCUGCAUCAGGUGUCACGUCUGCUGGUCUAUCACAACUGUCAGCUGUGGAAGUAAAACCAACUGGAAGAAGAGAACUGCCUGAGGAUCUUUUUGCUGCUACAUUUUCUUACCCUGUAGCAAUUCCAGGGUGGCAAACAAGUCCAGCCCGUGGUAUGGGGUUUGCUGUGCAAUAUAAUAGUGUUCCAGCGCCUAUGGCAACUUUUCUCCAGCCAUCAAAUUCAUCAAACCCUUUUGAUCUCAGUGAACCAGUUCAAGCCCAGCAUCGUACUUCCAGUCUUGGUACUCCCUCACCAGCAUGGAUGUCAUCCCAGUCAUCUCCUUAUCCACCAACAUUUCCUUCACAGGCGCCAUCUUAUUCAUCAUCAAUACCUCCAAGGGCAUUUGUGGCUCAACAAGCACCAAGUAGCAUGCCAUUCAUAGGGUAUCAAGGAGGAGGUGGCUUUGGCAGUGAUGGUGCCGUAAAUAUGGAUCAACAGGUGGCUGGUAGAUUCUCUGCCCCUCCAAACCCACAGCCUUUCUCCCCUGUUGGAGGAAAUCCUUUUGGAUGA